CUUCAUUAGCUCUCAUUAAGGGAAUGAUCGUGCUGGCUGUACUUCGCCGCGACCUCACGCCGGCACCUUUGCACUGCUCGGGGGUUCGGUUCCUCUGUGCCGCGUUUCCGCGGGGAAGGAGAGUGAGGCACCGUGCUCUGGGUUCUGUGACAGGGUUGGGAUGUCUGACCAUAAAUACCCGGAGCCCUCAUCGCCCUCCUCAGCUCCCCGGACGGAGGCUGUGGUGAGGUGGGAGCCGGUCUCUCCUGCCUGCAGUGAGGGGACCGGAGGGAAUGGCCUCCAGCUGAGACAGGGGAGGUUCAGAUUAGAUAUUAAAUUUUCACUGUCAGGGUAGUCGGAUAUUCGAAUAGGCUGCCCCGGGAGGUGGUGGAGUCAGCAUCCCGGGAGGUGUGUAGGAGGUGUCUGAAUCUGGCGCUGGGUGAUGUGGUUCGGUGGCUUAGUGAUUGCACUGGCAGCACUGGGCUGACGUUAGACUUGAUGAUCUCAAAGGUCUCUUCCAACCACGACGAUUCCUUGAUUCUGACUGUUUACUCACAUCUUCUGUAAACUCCCUAUAAAUAGGGUGUGUAAGUGGUCUUGGAUAUAUGUAGAAACCUUUGUUGUUCAUUAAUGCCAGCUCUGGGCCGUGUCACAGUGUGUGCUGUGGCAGCAUGGCAGUGUCACACAAUCCUAGAGUGGUUUGAGUUGGAAGGGACCUAAAGAAAAAAGAAUCUCGCUUUAAAUUGCUUUUCACAACAGGUAUUUCAGCACAGCCAGAAUUUAUUGCUCUGAACAUAAUGCACAAUGAAUGACCUUGUAAUGUUGUAGGGGAAGAACAAAGUUUGACUGGUGUAAUUGUUAGUGGUAUAAACUUGUUGGAUAUAUGUCGCUUAAAUAGAGGAGGCUAAGUAAUGAAUAUCAAAUAAAUAAAGAUGCUGAAUUUUGUAUUUAGGUCUUAGUUACCAUUGAAAACACUGGAGUUGAUCAGCUCAGCUUUUAAUGUACUUAUAGAUAAAAGGAGCAAGGAUAUGUUGGUGCAGGUAUAAAAAGUUAUUUUGUAUGUGCCAUUACACAUAUAAUAUAGAGUAUAUUUUAUGUAUUUUAUAUCUAUUAUAUUAUAUUUUUCUUCCAUAUGACUAUAUGACUCUAAGUUUCAAUGUCAUUUUAAAUAUGGCGGAAGUGUCUGUUUGUUGAAGCAGAUUGCUAAGAAAUGCACUUUACAGUUACAUUUUUAAUAAAAUUGCCUUUUAACUGUUCUCAUACUUACAGAUUUAAUCACAUGAUUCUACUAAAGCUCUUUUUAAUAGUGUAUAUUAUGAAAGGCUUAUGAAAGGAACUGUAUUUCUUUUCCUUAUGAAGUAUUUUUCUUCCUUUUUUUCUUUUUCUAGAGGUUAGAAUAUUUAAUCAAAAGGUCGUGAAAUACUCAUUUAUAGGAUUCCAUGGGUGCUGUGGCCAAUAUCCAUAUUGAAAGCUACUUUUUGAAAAUUGUGAGCUUUUCCUCUCAGUGUAGGUCCUUAAUUAAAUAAAUUGAGUGGUUGCUUGUGCUGCCUGAUGAGAUUGAAAGAUCAAGUCCAGUUUCCUUUGCUGGCAGUGUGGACAAAUAAUCUUUGUCUGUGGUUCCAUGACGUCAGCAAAGUGAAAAGAUGGUUGUCUACUUUUACAGUGUUUGGAAGCUGCAUUCUCUAGUUCCAAAGCAACAGGAGAAUGAAAUGUUCAUCAGUUUCUUUUGCACCAGGAGGCUUUUAAAUCAAGUCUUAAAAAUCAAGAUCUGCCAAGCUGGGACUGCCAAGACUCAUCUAUGCAGUUGCAGUGCGAGUUAGGCCAUGACUUUACACUCUGCACAAGUGUCUUAAUACCGUGCAAGGCCACAGUGUUUUAGACUGUUCAGCAGAGGCAUCAAAGACUUUUCACUUUUUAUGCUUGGAAUUAUUCCUUUAAUGGCAGAACCUGCUCUUUAAAAAGCAAGUGUUCUAGAGAGUGGGAGCUUCCAUAGUUCCUACUUGUGGUCGUUGGGGAAGUAUUGGUAAACUUCCCCAACUACUUUUUUGGUAAAAAAGUAUUUGAAUAGUAAUAGUGGAGUAUAACCUUGUUUUUUCCUGUGUAGUAGAUCAGUUCUCUGAACUAGUUUUACUUGUAAUCUAAUAAUACAUUGCAUAUCUACUUGUGUUCAGUACAACAAAUAUUCAAUAUUGGCCUCUUCAGUAAUAAAAAUAAAUGUGUCUUUUUAUAAAUGCCCUUGUUCCAGCCAUGGAAUUUCUGUAGCAAUAACUUGAUUUGCCUAAUGAUCACUGUCGGGUAAAAUGCAAGUUUAUUGUCUGUCUUUUGAAUCUGUGGAAAGACACUGGUCAGGAGAGGAGUGACCCUUGGGUGGGAAAGACCCGUGAAGAGUGUGAUAGGUGUACAGCUGGUGGUUACCAUGGUAAUGGCUAGUGUCAUACAGAAGAUCAUACCUCACUAUUCUCUUGCUCGUUGGCUUCUCUGUAGUGGCAGUUUACGGUGGUAUCAACAUCCCACUGAAGAAGAACUACGGAUUCUUGCAGGGAAGCAAAGAGGGAAGAGCAAAAAAGACAGAAAAUAUAAUGGUCAUAUUGAAAACAAGCCCUUAACCAUUCCAAAAGACAUCGAUCUUCAUCUGGAAACAAAAUCGGUGACAGAAAGGGACACUAUUGCACUGCAUUAUUUUCCGGAGUAUCAGUGGUUGGUGGAUUUCACUGUUGCAGCUACAGUUGUGUAUGUGGUGACAGAAGCCUAUUACAGCAUUGUGAAGCCCUCACAGGAAAUGAAUAUCAGCGUAGUGUGGUGUCUGCUUGUCUUGGCUUUUGCAGUUAAGGUACUAUUUUCGUUGACUACCCAUUAUUUCAAAGUUGAGGAUGGAGGUGAAAGAUCAGUCUGUGUCACCUUUGGUUUUUUCUUCUUUGUGAAAGCGAUGGCAAUUCUCAUUGUGACAGAAAACUACCUAGAGUUUGGACUGGAAUCAGGUUUCUCAAAUUUCUCUGAAAGUGCUAUGCAGUUUCUUGAAAAACAAGGUUUGGAAUCCCAGGGUCCUGUGUCUAAACUAACCUUCAAAUUGUUCCUGGCUGUUCUGUGUUCACUUAUUGGUGCUUUUUUGACAUUCCCUGGCUUGCGACUGGCUCAAAUGCAUCUGGAUGCUCUGAAUUUAGCAACAGAAAAAAUAACACAAACAUUGCUACACAUAAACUUCUUGGCACCUUUAUUUAUGGUUCUUCUGUGGGUAAAACCAAUCACUAAGGACUACAUUAUGAACCCACCUUUGGGCAAAGAGAACAUUCCUUUAAUGUCAGAAGAUACGUUUGACACUGUCAGGUUGUGGAUUAUAAUCCUGCUGUGUGCUUUACGGUUGGCUAUGAUGCGCCAUCAUUUGCAGGCCUAUCUAAAUUUAGCCCAGAAAAGUGUGGAUCAGAUGAAAAAGGAAGCUGGCAGAAUAAGUAUGGUUGAUUUACAGAAAAUGGUGGCUCGGGUAUUCUAUUAUCUUUGUGUAAUUGCACUGCAGUAUGUUGCACCAUUGGUAAUGCUCCUUCACACAACUCUGCUCUUGAAAACACUAGGUAAUUAUUCUUGGGGCAUCUACUCAGAACUGAAUUCUGACACUCCAGUAGAAAAGAGUCUGCUUCCCAGUUCUGUUUCUUCUGAGUUUCCACCUGCUGAUGGAAAGAUGAAAGUAACAGUAGUACAAAUAACCACGGCUUUGGGAAGUCUAAAGAAUAUUUUCACUCCUCUCCUGUUCCGGGGACUCCUGUCUUUCCUCACCUGGUGGAUUGCUGCUUGCCUUUUUUCUACAAGCCUUUUUGGGCUCUUCUAUCACCAGUACCUGACUGUGGCAUGAACGAGUCAACUGACAAAGCAAGUGUGAGGUCAAUACAAACCCAGGUACCCAAGAGGAGAUGAAGAGAAAACUAUAUAUGAAGAGAAAACAUAUCAUAAUUAUUUUUAAGCACUUCCUCUGUGUUCUCAGGGUGAAUAAUCUUAAAAUGUUUAAAAUCACAA